CACCAUUCUUCUCACUAAUAAUUCUCCACGAGAUAACUCGAACGUCAUCAUCUAAGCUGCGGAUCAUCGUAUUUAUUUCUCUUCAAAUAUAAGAAGUGAAUAAAUAGAAAGAAACUUCUCUUCAUCUUCAUCUUCAUCUUCAUCUUCAUCUUCAUCUUUCUCUCUCUGAAAAAAAUGGCAGCCAUGAAAAACACAAUCAGGUGCUGCAUUUCCUGCAUUCUGCCGUGCGGUGCGCUCGACGUGAUCCGAAUCGUGCACACGAACGGCCGCGUGGAGGAGAUCAGCGGCGGCGCCGUGACGGCGGCGGAGAUCAUGAAGCUCCACCCCAAGCACGUGCUGAAGAAGCCGUCGACGGCGGCGGACGGCAUGUGCCCCAAAAUAACCGUCGUUCCGCCCGACGCGGAGCUCCGGCGAGGAAAGAUUUACUUCCUGAUGCCGCUGCCGCCGCAGCCGCAGCCGAAGAGGAAGAAGAGCGAAGCUUCUAGAAGCGGCAAAAUCGCUUCCAAAAACGCCGAAAAUAACAACUCCGUUGCCGAAUUGCUCGUUUCCGAUCGGUAUUUGAGCGAGAUUUUAUCGGAGAAGGUGUCGUCGCAGAGAGAUCGGCGGCGAGGGCGCGGCCGCGUUUGGAGGCCGCAUUUAGAUAGCAUUUCCGAGGCGGCAUCUGACGCUUGAUUCAUGGCGAGUGAUUUUUCCUUUUUCCUUUUUCUUUUUUUGUUUCCUUUUUUUAGAUUAUUUAAUAGGGUUUCUCAAACGAAUAGCUUAAUUUCUUGUUUUUAUUUAUAGUUUUCUUAUUUUUUUGCUGCUUUCUCCAAUGUUUUGCAUGAGCAUUCAAAAAUUCAAAGUUAAGUAAAGAUAAUUUAAAUAA